AUGACCACCACCAAACAAUUAGCUUAUGAUGAUCAAUCAUUCAAUAAUUCCAAGGGUUCAUAUGAUGUGUUUUUGAGUUUCAAAUGUGAAGACACAGGCAAAACUUUCACGGACCAUCUCUCCACAGCUUUAAAACAAGCCGGAUUUUGCACGUUCAAAGGUGGUGGUUGUGAUGAUAUUGAUGAAUCAAGAAGAGGAGAAAACAUUAAUUCAGAGUCAAUACAAGAAUCAAAGAUGUGUAUAAUUGUAUUCUCACAAAACUAUGCAUCUUCUGGUUGGUGUUUGGAUCAACUUGUUUCGAUUCUUGAACGUAAAAUGAAGUUUGCAUGUAUGAUAUUGCCCAUAUUUUACCAUGUUGAUCCUUCCAAUCUAAGGAAGCUCAAGGGAAGUAUUGGGGAAGCAUUAGAUAGACAUGAAGAAAAAUUCAAGUGUACAAGAAAUGAAAAAGAGUAUUGGGAGGACAAGUUGAAGAAAUGGAAAAAUGCACUUAGCCAAGUUGCUGAUUUGGCUGGAAUGUUUGGUGCUGAUUUUGGUGGUUGGUGCUGCUGUUUGUGCAGCAGUUUGGUGACGUUUUUGGAGCUGCAUGAAUCCACUUUCAUCAAGAAGAUUAUUAACGUUAUCAGCACAAGAUUAAGUCGUCCAGCCUUAUAUAUUGCUUCUUGUUCAAUCGGAAUACAUCGUAGAGCGAGGCCCAUUAAUUCUUGGGUUCAAGCUGAUGUAUCGAACAAUUCGAAUAUUGAAAUACUUCUAGUUUGUGGUAUUGGAAAAACAACAAUUGCCAAAAUUGUUUACAAUUUAAACUUUGGAUAUUUUGAAAUUAGUUGUUUCUUAGCAAACAUAAGAGAAACUUCAAAACUCCCUAAUGGUCUCAUCACUUUACAAAAGCAACUUCUUUCUAUCCUUCUAAAGAAUGAAAAGGUAAAAAUAUCAAGUGUUGAUGAAGGAAUCAUCAAGAUAAGAAAUGCUUUAUGUAAUCGAAAAGUUCUUCUUGUUCUUGAUGAUGUUGAUGAACCUGAUUUGGUUGAAGCUAUAUUUGACAUGAAAGAUUGGUUUGGUUUUGGAAGUAAAAUAAUUGUGACAACUAGGCACAAAAGCUUACUAAGACUUCAAUUAGGCCAUGAGGUACAUGAAGUUGGAAUUUUGUACACAAUUGAAGCAAAUGAGCUCUUCAAUUUUCAUGCAUUUGGUCAUGAAAACAUUAAUCAAAUAAGUGAAGAUAAAUGCUACAAAGAAUACUCAAAGGAAGUGAUUGAAUGGUGUGGAGGACUUCCAUUAGCUCUUCAAGUUAUUGGUUCUUCCUUGGCUGGAAAAUCUAAGGAUGUGUGGAGAAGUGCAACAGAGAAGUUGAGAGAUAUACCUACAAAUAAAAUUGUUGACAAAUUGAGAUUAAGUUAUGAGUUGUUGGAAGAUGAUCAUGAUCAGAAUUUGUUCCUUCACCUUUCUUGUUUCUUUGUGUGGAUGAAAAAAGAUUUUGUAGUUAGGAUAUUAGAUAAAUGUGAGUUUUACACAUUGGUGGGAUUACAAAAUCUCAUUGAUAGAAGUAGUUUAGUGACAAUUGAUGAUUAUGUAAAUGAUAUAAGAAUGCAUCAAUUAGUACGUGCUAUGGGAAGAGACAUCGUUCGUAGAGAAGCACCUACUGAUCCUGGAAAGCAUAGUAGACUUUGGCACCACGCAAAUUCUUACAAUGUCCUAAGAGGAAAAACAGGAACAGAAUCAGUGCAAGGGAUGGUACUGGACAUGCGUAUGAUUAAGAAAGAAAAGUACUCUAGUCCUUUAACAUCAGUGAAACAAAAAAUUUCCACAGCUUGGAGUACAAAAUUGGGCAAUUCUAGUUUACAAGAUCAUGUGAAAACUGAUGCCUUUGAGAAAAUGCACAAGCUACAAUUUCUCAGAUUCAACAAAGUUCAAGUGAAUGGAAGUUACAAGAAUUUUCCAAAGGGAUUGAGAUGGCUAUGUUGGAGUGGAUUCCCAGAGGAGUGUAUACCAAAUGAGUUUCCAAUGAGAAAUGUUGUGUCUAUCGAUAUGCGAUACAGCAGCUUGAAACAACUUUGGAACGGAUAUAAGGCUGCCCAAAUAUUGAAUACCUACCAACAAGAGCUGGAUAAAUUGACAUCACUAAAGGAGCUUUAUGCUGAUGGGAUCAAUUUGGGGGCCCAAACAUGUGAGUUAAAUGCUAGUGGAUGCAUAUCCUUGGAGAAAGUAGCUUCUAAUUGUGCGAAAGGGUAUCCAGUAGAAGGUUAUAUAAAUUGCAACAAACUUAUUGAGGUGGAAGGUGUGUUCAAGUUAGAGCCACUGGAAAAUGCAGGUGCUCAACUGCUUGCCUUCAUGGGAAUUUCAAAUUUACAACCUAUGACUAGUAUGAUGGUUUCUCUUUUAUUUGGUCGUGUGAGUAAUAUUGUUGGGAAAAAAUAUCCAAGCUUUGUACGCGAUGACGUAGCAAGCUUAUUUUCACUAUCACCUAACAAGCUCCCCCCACAGAUAUUGUAUCACUGUGGUGUUUUCUCAACAUUUUUGCCUGGCGAAAGCGUACCCAAUUGGUUCCGCUACAAGUUCACAGAUGCAGCAGAUGUCUAUUGCACCCUACCAAAUAAUAAUGUCAAUAGCCAUAGAGUAAUAAAUGGACUGAGCAUUUGCUUUGUAUACAAAUGUCCAGAAGCAUACAUCAACGUUGGCUUGUACGAUGGACCAGCAAUUUGGUUACGAAAUCAGACAAAAGAUUUGAACUGGGCUUUUUAUCCUGCUUGGUUUGGCCUUCCAGAAGAUGAUCAAAGUGGGAUGAUGUGGUUAAGUUAUUGGAAAGUUGAGAAUUUAUUUCAACAAGGAGAUGUUAUUGAGGUUAUGGGGUCUCCUCAGUUUGCUGAAUUUAAGGAGCUUGGUGUCAAAAUCUUCUACCUUGAUGAACAAACAGAGAAUUAUUAUGAUUCUAAUGUGAUGAUGAGUACUAAAAGUAACAAGCCAUUUGAAGACAUCCUAGGCUACUACUUUGAUGAUGAAGUAAAUACUUACUACAUUUGUAUUUGA